CACUUAUAUAGCCAUCAGCCAACAAAGAACAGGGGUGUCUGUAUCUAAGAAAAAUGACUUCAAAUUCCACCAAGUUAUCCUCUUUAGGACCAAAGCACAGCAUAAAUUUCAAUCACACCACUCAAAACACCACCAAAAAUGCACCAAUUCACAUAAAACUACCACCUCUUCGAACCCCAAAUCCACACACCACUACCAGUAACCCCAUAAACCAUUGCACCCCAAAGAAAAAUAAUAACUCAAGCUCAGACAUUUUGAGGUUAAUGGACUGCCUAAAACUCCCAGUACCAUCCGACAUCUAUACUUCACUUAUCAAAGAAUGCACACUCAAAUCCGACCCCUCUGAAGCUCUCCAUUUGCACUCUCACCUCAGCAACCAGACCAACUUCCAACUCAACUCACCUCUGCUCCAUCGCCUGCUUUUAAUGCACAUCUCAUGUGGGCAAAUGGACAUUGCACUUAACCUGUUCGAUAAAAUGCCGCGGAGGAAAGAUUUUGUUUCUGCGGCUAUUAUUAUCGUGGGCUGCUUUAAUAUCGAGAGAUAUGAAUUGGGUCUUAGUGUUUUUGUUGAUAUGUUAGUGGAAGGUAAUGUUUGUGAUUUUAUGUUUAGGUCCCCUGUUUGGGUAAUUGUUGUGGUUAGUGUUAUUAAUGCUUGUGUGAAUAGUAGGGAAAUGGAGUUUGGAAGGCAGUUACAUGGAUUGUUAUUAAAGUUAGGUGUUACAGAUGAGUUUUUGGUUUAUGUUUCGCUUAUGGAAUUCUAUGGUAAAUUCGGGUGUUUAGAGAGUGCGAAUUCUGUGUUUAAUAAGCUUCAUUGUCAUAAUACUGUCACUUGGACUGCUAAGAUAGUGAACAGUUGUAGAAAUGGACUUUUCUGUGAGGUGAUAAAGGAUUUUGAGGAGAUGGGGAACGCGGGAAUUGAGAGGAAUAGUUUUACAUUUUCUAGUGUAUUAAGGGCGUGUGCUCGGAUGGAUGAUGGUGGAAACUGUGGUAAGCAAGUUCAUGCCUUUGCUCUGAAGCUUGGGCUGUAUACGAACACUUUUGUGCAGUGUGGAUUAGUUGACAUGUAUGGGAAGUGUGGAUUAAUUCGGGAUGCAAAAUUGGUUUUUGAAUUGAUCAAUGACAAAACAAAUACUGCAUGUUGGAAUGCGUUACUUAUGGCUUAUGUUCGGAGUGGGUUGUUUAUUGAGGCAAUUAAACUUAUGUAUGAGAUGGAAGCUGCUCAAAUACAUGUCAAGGAAUCACUAAUCAAUCAUGUUAAGAUUGGCUGUGCUAAUGAAUUGUGGGAGCAGAACUAGCGUAGUUAAAAUAGUUGCAAGCAAUUGGUGUCACUUCCUGCUGUUUUUUCAUCCUUACAUGGCUGCUUUCGAUACAUCAGAUGAUAAAGAGGUGGGAUGAUGGUGGGAACUGGAAAGUGUUGCAAACGUGUCCACGCCACUGCCAACAUGUUCGGGUGGAAUCAAAUACUUUUCCGUAAAAUGGUCAUGUGGCUGAGAUAAUUAUCGACUGCACAGUGGCAAAUGACUUGGUGGAGCUGGAUGAUGACGAUGAUGAUUCGGGUGAUGACACUGGUAGGUGGUGGUGGUGGAGUUCGACUAUCUAAUAUAUUAAAAAGAAGGUGAACUUGGCAAAACUAGGAACAAAAUAGUUACAUAAGUACUAAAAGUACUGCAUGCAAUUCAACCUUUGUGAGUGUGUUACUUAGCUAUUCCUCUUAUUUUAUAUAAAUGCAUUAAGAAGUGUGGUAGAACAUCCUAGGGAGAAUGAAGUAUAUGAAGAUAACAACUUUGAUACAAGUAGUGGAUGUGGAAUUGUGGAUCUCACUAAUAUUAAUAAACCUUUUGUCGUUAGUGGCAGUGAGUUCCACAAAAUGAAGAAGCAAAUAGUUCGGACGGCGAUGCCGUACAUAUGCCAAUGUGGGCUUAGCUUGAAUGGCUAAGCAUCUCUAAAUGCGUCGAGAGGUUGUGGGUUCGAACUAUGCAUUGGUAACUAACAACUAACAAUUGAGACUCUAAGAGUCGAUUAUCAUCUUUGACAAAAAAAAAAGAGACCGUGCAUAUCAACAGCAAUGUCAAUCACCCCCAUUUUUUAAAUUUUUUUGGGUAAAUUUAUUAUAAAGUCCUUAUACUAUUAGCUUUUGUUUCACUUGAUCCUUAACAAUUUUUUUAUAUUUAAGUGGUCCUUUAACUAUUUAGUUUGUAUACUUAUGAUCCGUUUGUGGAUGAAACUAAAAAAAAACAUUAUCUUUUUAAUUGCAUAAAACAACUAUGUUUCUAUGCUUAAAAGUAUAAUAUAUGUACAAAAUAGAUAGUUAAAAUUUACUUAAGUGUAAAAAGUUUAUUAAGCAUCAAGUGAAAUAAAAAGUAAUUGUACAAGAACUUCAUGAUGAGUUUAGUCAAUUUUAUUUGAUAAUUUCCAACUCUAAUUUUAAAAUUGAGUUAAUAAUUACAGCUCUUGUAUUCAACUUUAAGAUCUUUUAUUUAAAUUGGGCUUUUUAUUUUGGGCUUCACAAAAUAAAAUGGGCUUAAGACAUAAAUUUACACUAUAUGUAAAGAUUUUUUUACAUUUAAUAUGGGAAUAGGUGAUUUUAUCCCCACAUAUUCGAGACAACAUUCCAUCUUGCAAAAAUUACGGGUCAUUCUUUUUUUUUUCUUUGAUAAAUAUCUUUUUACUUUUUAAAAAUACGGUUUCCAAUCUAGCUAUUAAACGUAAGAUAUUUGUGCUUAUUUUUCUAACUCACAAAUUAACAAACUCUAGAUUUUCAAAAUCACAUUCAAUUUUAAAGAAAGCGGCAAUGGGUGGUGGCGCGGGUGUGAUUGGACGGUGGUUCUUCUGUUGCCGGUGGAGAGGAAAAGAAGAAAGAGGAUCCAAUUAGAAGAAAGGCUGGUGACUCAUCUCUUAGAGGCCGCGACGAUAAAACCAAGGAGGUUUGAGAGGGCAUCGAUUUUUCCAGCGAUGUCAAGGUUUAGGUGGGUGAAGACGAUGGAACACAUCACACGGCUGACGAUUAAUCUCGUUGCAUUUGAGAUGUUUGAUUGCCUGAUGUAGCCGACUCGUACUAAUCCUAUUUGGUGUUGCGGUCCUUUUUGGGUACGAAAGUAUAACAGUCUCGGGCUUCUGGUUAGUGUACAAGGUUUAUGUGGGUGAAGAAAAACACGCGGGUGAUUGUUAUGACCAGAAUCAAUAAUGAAAUUGUAUAAAUUGGAAGGGAAAAUAGAAACUGAUGCAAAAAAGAAAAGAUUUAUUUUCUUGUGGCAAUGAUGUAAAUUUGUUUGGUUUAUUUUAUAGGUGUAGA